CUCUUCAUAAAGAACUCAUCACUAAUUUGCACCAACAAUAAACAAGCAUUCACCAAAAGGCAAAAGCAGAAAACUCAGAAAGGAAACCACAACAAAGAAAUUUCUCCGUCUCUGCCCCCAGUACCAAAAGGCCCAACAAAAAAAGCUCAUUUCCAACCCGUCUUGCUUCAUUUCCCCCACACUUUUCCUUCCUCCGUACUCUUUUGGCAAUGGAAGACGACGAAGACCUUGCAGAGCCAUUCUGGCUCCAAACCGCCGACGGGCACCGCCGUCUCCGCCGUCGCCGCCAGCUCUCCUCCAUCUUCCUCAACUCCGGCCUCCUCCUCACUCUCCUCCUCCUAAUCGCUUGCCUCUUAAUCUUCCUAAUCAUCCCUUCCUUCCUCUCUUACACCUCCCAAAUCUUGAGACCUCACUCCGUGAAGAAAUCCUGGGACUCGCUGAACCUGGUUCUCGUCCUCUUCGCCAUCAUCUGCGGCUUCCUGAGCCGAAACGGCGUCCAGCGGAGCAGCAGCGGCAGCUACGAGCCAGCCGCUUCCGCCGCAAGGACUGCUGUUAGCUCUAGUUACUAUGAGGAUCAUCGGAGGUUUCAGCAAUCGGCUCUAGCGGAGAAGAUAUCGCAGCCGCAGCCGCAGCGGAGACUCGGUGAUUACGAGCGGUAUCAGGAUCGAUUUAAUCACUCUGCUGGCGGUGGAGGUAUGAGUAGACUGAGGAGCAUCAAUUCGUAUCCAGAUCUGAGGCAGGAAUCGUUGUGGAGCGGCGGUGGUGAUGCUGCUGGAGAUGAUCGGUGGCGGUUUUAUGAUGAUACGCACAUUAGGGAUUACAGUUACAGAUUCCCUUCCUCUUCCUCCGAUGAAAUCCUCCGCCACCGCGAGGUUGCUAAGGAAGAAGAAAUGCCGGUGGCGGAUGUGAAGGAGAGCGAGAAAGAGAAGGAGAUUGCGGUGGAUACGGUUACGGUAGUGAAGGAGGAGGUAAAGGAGGAGGAAGUGAUGGCGGCGGCGGAUCCGUCAGAUCCGCCUCCUCCUCUGCUUCCGGUGGAUCUGCCGUCUCCGCCUGUGCCCGCUCCUUCAUCUCCGCCGCUGCCACCGCCUGCGAAAGCGGCGAAGAGGAAAGUGCAGAGGACGUAUCGAUCCGUCGGUCAAUCGAGAAGUAGCGAUGGCCGCGAGGAGAGAGAGAUGGACAUUGAAGAUUUCUACAAACGACCGCCGCCGUCGUCGUCUCGGUCUCCGCCGCAGAAGGCUGUUAGUAGAAGGAGAGUUAAGAGGAAUGUUAAUCGACCGGAGUUUGUGGAGAGCAUUAAAGAAGAAGAAGAGGAAGAAAAGACUGUGGUGGAAGAAGUCAAGUACGUCUAUCUGCCGCCACCAUCGCCUCCGCCUCCUCCUCCGCCUCCGCCUCCAGAGAAGAAGAAGAAGACAAGUAAGGAUUUCUUGAUUUCUCUGAGAAGGAAGAAGAAGAAGAAGCAGAGGCAAAAUAGCGUCGACAAUCUCGCGAGCUUAUUUGAUCCGGAGGCCGAAUUUCCCCCGACUCAACCCGAAUCCUCCAUUCCGCCGCCGUCGCCUCUGCCACCGCCUCCUCCCCCGCCGCCUCCGCCGCAACAUUUCCUGCAAAAUCUGUUUUCUCCUAGGAGAGGAAAGUCCAAAAAAGUCCACUCAGUCUCACUCGCUCCUCCGCCGCCGCCACCCCUUCCACCUCGUCGACGAGCUGCUGAUUCAACAGAAGUCCACCUCUCCAGAAGCGUCCAGCGCUCAAUGGACCAUCCGUCCGUAUCCCGAGCCAAAUCGGAACGAGCUCAGGUUCCUGCAUACAUAAUUUCGAACCGAGAGGAGCCAGGGAACGCGUCGCCAUUGAUUCCGAUACCGCCUCCGCCUCCACCGCCGCCGUUCAAGAUGCCAGCGUGGAGGUUCGAAGUUCGCGGUGAUUACGUCAGAGUAGCCAGCUUCAACAGCUCGCGAAGUGGAUCACCUGAUUUGGAUAGUGAGGAUCCCUCCGACAGGGAGUCUAGUCCGAUGGCCGGUGGAUCGCCGGCAGCGGCGGCGGGAUCGCCGUUGUUCUGCCCGAGUCCCGACGUGGACACCAAGGCCGAUAACUUCAUCGCCAGGUUUAGAGCUGGUCUAACGUUGGAGAAGGUGAAGUCUAAUCUCGGCCCAGGAGCAGGAGAAGGCCCAAUUUGAAGCUUGUUUGCUUUCUUUUCACCCCACAUUUUUUAUGUUUAGAUUGGAUUUGUUUAUUUUUUUCAUUUAAUUUUUCUUUUCUUUUUUGUUUGGUGAGGAUUUGUGAAUGUGAGUUGCACACUGCCCCUCUUUGAGUUCUGACUUAUACUAUAUGGAUUAAGAUAUAAAAGAUAAAAAGAAUAUACAGAGAUAUGGAAUUUCUUUUGAAGAUUGAAGUAUAUAAAUAUAAUCAACCUAAAACAAAAGAAUAUUGAGAAAUUUGUAUUUUGUACAUUGUUUUGACUGCAUUAAACCGAUUUGAAGUGA